AUGGUCGCUGAUAGUGUUGUAUACCAUCCCACAAUUAACAAGCUAAUCAAUUUUUUGGACAAUGGUGCCGGUAGGGAGAAGUGUCUUCGUCUAUUGCAGUACCUAGCGCGUUUCCUAGCGGCACAGACUCUAUCACCAUUGGCAAAGGCUUUACAAGGUCAAUUCACUAUUGUGAGAAAGUUCCUGCGUUUCCUGAAGCCUCUGAACAGUUUACAAGCAGCUGCUAAGCUUUACGACAACAAAUUGACUAGCGACGGUAUUGUUCGUAUCUUUAAUAUUAUCAAACAGCUUUCGUUUGCAGGUUAUUUGUCAUUGGAUCAAAUUAAUCUUUUCAGAAUUUUGAGAGUGGUUCCAACCACUAGAUUUACCGGUAAACUAGUCCCCAAGAUGGCUAACUUGUGCUGGCUGAGUGCUCUAGUAAGCGGAAUGGUCUGCGACUUGCGUCAAGUAAGUUUAUCUCAAUCAAAAAUCACUGCCUUAGCUGUAAAUGAUGAUGAGAAGAAGCUUUUGUCAAAAGCAUACAAGGACAGAUACUCUGCCAGCAGGAAAUUUGUGUGGGACGCAACUGAUCUCUUUAUGGUUCUGAACAACUUGGGUUACUUGCGCUACCAAGAAGGGUACGUUGCUCUUGCAGGUGUAUUUACAUCUUUGUUCGGUCUACAAGAUACUUGGAGAGCUGCAAAACCUUAA